UGAAGGCGCAGUAUCUGCCGCAAAAAGGGGCGGUUUUCCACUGGUUUAUUCAACUGUCUCUCACGGCACAGGAUUCUCCGAUACCCACUUUUCUUUCCAUAAGGAAUAAAAUGUUGUACAAAUUGCUGGUAGUUUUCAUGGUAGUCAAGCUAUCUUCGUCGUACACCGCGCCCAUAAGGUGUGAGGAUUUAAACAUACCACAACCUGAGAAAAAUGAACUGUGCGCACUAGGACUCUACUUGCCAAGACUCUCAGAGAUGCACCCCAACAUUGUUUUUCAAGACGUCCAAAGGCGGAACGCCGAGCUAAGUAGCGCCUUGAACUUCUUGUAUGGAAAUGGAGAAAACAAAUUCCCGGGGAAAAGGAAUCCAGAGUUAUCCAGUGCGCUUCUAAGUUACCUCAAUAGAAAUGGAAGGAAUUAUUAGGAUAAUUUAGAAUAUUUGAAUAUUUAGCAGUAACUUUUAUUUAUAUUUAUUUAUUUAUUUAUUAAAUGGG